AUGGCGGCGUUCGGUUUAAGAUUUGAAAGUGCUAGCAGUAUUGAAGAAAGAAAAGAACAGACCCGUAUUGCCAGGGCCGAGGUGUUACGCCAGGCCAAACAUAAUUUUGAAAAAGAACAAAGGGAUAAAGAACUUAAGCAACUUCGAGGUGAGGACACAUGGAUGCUACCUGAUGUGAAUGAGCGAAUUGAACAGUUCGCACAGGAACAUUCUGAGAAGAAAAAGAAGAAAAAAAACAAGCAUUCAAAAAAAGUGAAGAAAGAGAAGAAAAAGAAGAGGAAGAAACAGAAAUGUCAGAUACAGAGUGAGUCAACUGACAACUCUUCAAGCUCUGAAGACGAGUGGGUUGAGGCUGCUCCCUCCCAGAUACCUGGCAAAGAAAAGACCUGGAAGGUGAAAGACAAAAAGACAGAAAAAGAAUGUGACAGCCAAUCUAUUCAGCACGAUGAGUGGAUGACUGUUGAUUUUAUGUCCAUUAAAACUGUGUCUUCAUCAUCACUCAAAGCUGAAAAGGAAACUCUAAGACAAAUAGAGCAGGAGAAAACUCAAGCGUUAGAGCAGUCCAAACUGCUAGAAAGAGAAUUGAAUCCAUACUGGAAGGACGGGGGUACAGGUCUCCCACCGGAAAACUGUAUACUGCCAGUUACUAAAGCUGGAGGAGUAGAGGAUGGUGGAUUAAGCUGGCUAAGAAAGUCUUGUCAAAGAAUGAAGGAACAAGCUCAAAAAGAAAACAGAAAUUUUGAAGAUAUUGUAGCUGAAAAAUAUGGGUCAAUGGAAAUAUUUCAGUCAAAAUUAAAAGAAGUUGAAAAAAUUACUUACAAAAGAGAAGACUAUGGACAGGAACGGUGGAGGAAGUCUGCGUAUUCAGAAAAAGCACAGCGUAGUCAAGCAAGUGGCACUUCAGAUUUAGUGAAAUGUAAAAAUAUCUCUGAGGACAGACACAUGGAAAUGGAGCCUACAAGCAGCAGCAACUGUAAGUUUAGUGGUCCUGACUCAGGGAAGGGACCUGGGACUUUAGGAACCUGUAGAAGAGAAUCUGCAAUAAGAAAAAGCCAAGAAUCUUCUGAAAAUUUGAGAUCUAAAUUCUUAAGACCCUCUGAUGAAGAUGAACUGUCAUUUCACAAGAGAAGAAAUUUUCAGUCAUCUACUUCACAUUCUUCAUUAGUGGCUCAGGCUUCUUUGCAUUGUGAUUUUCGAAAACCCACAGACUACAGUGAAGAAAGUUCAACAUCCUGGAGUCGAUCUGAUGGGCGAGAAGACAGGAAACCUUCAGAUCAAAAGUCAUUGGAAACCUGGAGCUGCAGUACCAAUGAGGACUCUAUAAGAGAUAGAAGAGAACAGUUACAGUCUGAGAGAGAGAGGCAUGAUCCACCAGCAAGAGGACAGCUGCAGGACAUAAUGUUGACAGUUGCUGGUCCAAAGACAGAGCCCAUCUAUCCCUUGAAUGCUGAUGAAAAGAACAAGCUGGGGGCCAAGAUUAUCAAGGCAGAAAUGAUGGGGAAUAUGGAAUUAGCUGAACAACUUAAAGCCCAACUUAAAGAGGCAAAUAAAUUUAAAGAAACCAUUAGACAGAUACCAGCAAAAAGAUCAGGGGUAGAGCAUGAAGAUGAACAAGAAGUAAUCCUUACUCGAACAGAUGAGUCUGGAAGAGUGUGGCCUGUGAGCAGCCCUAGAGAAACCCUGGAUAUGAAAGAAGAAAGAAGGAAGAGACAGAGAGCUUCAACCCAUGAGGAUAAAGAAAGGAUCCGAUACUUUCCUGAUGAUGAUCAUUUGAGUCUCAAUGAUUUAGUCAGGAAUGAGAAAAUGGGAACAGAUAUUGAUCAAAACAGACUUUUCAUGAAAAUGGCAUCUAAGUUUAUGGGAAAAUCACAUGGAGACUAUUGUACUCUGGAUGACAUGUUUGUCUCUAAAGCAGCUGAGAAAGAACAUCCUGGUAAGAAAGAAGAGAGCCAGAGGAGAAGAGCAAUUGCUGAGCACCAGGUGCUUGCUGCACAAAUGGCAAAGUGUCUGUACUGUCUUGACAGCUCUCAGUUCCCCAAGCAUCUUAUUGUUGCAAUCGGUGUGAAGGUUUAUUUAUGUUUACCCAAUUCCCGGUCUCUUACUGAAGGACACUGCCUGAUAGUCCCUCUACAACAUCAUCAAGCAGCCACUGUAUUAGAUGAAGAUAUCUGGGAGGAGAUUCAGAUGUUUCGGAAAUCAUUAGUAAAAAUGUUUGAAGAUAAAGAAUUGAAAUGUAUCUUUUUGGAGACAAGUAUGGGAUUGAAGAAACAGUAUCACAUGGUUUAUGAGUGUAUCCCUCUCCCAAAGGAAGUGGGUGAUAUGGCUCCCAUCUAUUUUAAGAAAGCCAUAAUGGAAUCUGAUGAAGAAUGGUCUAUGAAUAAGAAGUUGAUUGAUUUGUCUUCAAAAGAUAUUAGAAAGUCUGUACCCAGAGGCUUGCCUUACUUUGCUGUAGACUUUGGACUUCAGGGAGGAUUUGCCCACAUCAUUGAAGAUCAGUACAAAUUUCCUCAUUACUUUGGAAAGGAAGUCAUUGGUGGUAUGCUGGAUCUAGAACCCAGGCUGUGGAGGAAUGGGAUCCGAGAAAGCUUUGAGGACCAGAGGAAGAAAGUGUUGCAGUUUGCUCAGUGGUGGAAACCAUAUGAUGUCACUAAAAGUAAAAGCAUUUAAGUGGGCGUUAUGUGUCCUUUUCUAUAUUGAGCCCAUUCAGUUUAUGUCUAUGAAUAACUGUGCCUUGGGCUCUAGGGAAAGCAGCAGCAGCAGCAGCAGCAGCAGCAGCAGCAGCAGCAACAGCAGCAGCAACAGUAGCAGGAGGCUACUCUAGUCACUGACAUCCAUGUUAGAUCAAGUUGUUUUCUUCCUCAUGGUUCCUGGAGACUUGGUUGGGUGACUGUGGAGUAAGAGGAAAUGCAUCAAGAUUAUCAGCUCACAUUUCUUUCUGUGUCUACUUCUCCACGUUCAAAUUACUCAGUUUCUCUAGAAAGGGACUUGUUUCCAGAGGUCUACUAAGGCUGCAGGGGAAAGUUGUCUGCUUCCAGGUAGAUUCUGACCUAGCUUCUUCUAUGCUUUUUAAACAAGACUGGAUGUAUUCAGUACUAAUUGAAAUUUCUUUUCUUAGUUUUACGGAAGAGUUUCUUUUUUUCUAGUAGCAUAUAGUAUUACUAUGUGUAUUGUCUUAGUUAAAGAAAAAGAUUAAAGGAUUAAAUGAUAGUGAAAAUAUUCAUAAAUAUAAGCUUAUUUGUUCUGGACUUGAAAUAGUCUGAAUUGUGGUAAUCAUAAAAGUAAUUUUCUAAAUAACACAAUUUUCAGUUCUUUGUAGUUCAUGUAACUCUAAAGUCUGUUGACAAAUCACUGUAUUAGGGUUGUAAUGUUAUCUCAGGUGCUAAAUAAUAGUAACAUAAGUGUCCAAGGAACACUCUCUUGUUCCUAUUUGAUUAAAGGUACUUAAGUUUUAUUGUUCUUAACAUUUGAUCUUGAGAAAGCCUUGGAUUUAUAAAAUAUAAAUUGUAGUAAGUACGUUUUAGCAUGCCUUUAAAACUCUGAAUGCCUAGAAUCAGUGUAUCAGUGUAAAGUGUGCUUCAGAGUAACUCAUUACAUAUUUAAUGUCAGGUUGUCACUGUUUCCACAUAUAUUAUUUGUAUGUAAAAAAGGCAACUUUUUUUCUUUUCAAAUUUCACAAAUGUGUUGAAGCUUAAUAGUUUUUUUUAACCUUCAAUACUUAAAAAUUACAUCUAAAUGUGGAUGUAUAUAUAUUAAGCAGAUAUGAUGGCUAUUACAGUCUUUUCAACUAUUGGCUUUGCCAUAAGUCUUACAUUCAUUUUUAUAAUCAGCGAAUUAAAACAUUUGAUUAUAGAGUGCUAUGUUAUGUUGAUAGUUCAAAAAAUAUAAAUACUCCUGCCUCAGAGUCUACUGAAUCUGUAGCGUUUGUGUCCUACCUGAACUGCUUUUGCCCUGGCUCCAGUUACUUCUUGAUGUGCAAUCAAUUUUCUCAAAACCUCUGUGAUAUUUAAUAGUAGCUAUUAUUUUGUAUUUUAUGGCUGGGCCUUUUUUUUUAAUUAAAUUAAUUUUUUUUUAACUUAGUCACUUUACAUCCUGCUCCCUUCCACAAUCCUUCCCUUAUCCUCCUGUCCCUUUUUCCUCUGAGCAGAUGAUGUUCCCCCUGGAUAUACUCCCUCCAAACCUCAACACUUCAAGUCUCUUUGAGGCUAGGUACUUCUUUUCCCACUGAGGUCAGAUAAAGCAGCCCAGCUAGAAAAGUAUAUGCCACAUACAGGGACCAGCUUUAGGGAUUGGCUGGGGCUUUUGUUGAUUUGACUUUAUGAUAUUUAGGUCCUUGGCUAAUGUGGCUUAAAUAUCAAGAGAUGAUUGGAGUUGUUCGUUGAGGACUUCUGUUCUUUAUGCCGCAAAUGUUGACUCUGGAAUAUUCUGUGUAGAUUUGUCACUUACAUAUCUAGUGUCUAGGCUGGGGAACAGGUGGGGAUCUUCUGGUAUCAUUUUCUCUUUAUAUGAUAGCUUCAGAAUAGUUGGAUUUCCUCUCUUCCUUAAAACUUCCCCAGAGCAAAAAAAACUUCCCCAAAUCAAAGCUCUAAGAAGUGGGUUGAGCCAGCAGAACUGAGAUGGUGAUGCAACUUGACAUUUCCAUAUUAUGCUUGUCAAACUUGACUUAUAACCUACCUAAAUUUAAGAAGAGUUGUAGGGCCAAACAUGGUAGUGGAAGCCUUUAAUCCCAGCAAUUAGAAGGCAAUGUUCCUUGAAUUCAAGGUCAGUCUACUCUACAUAGUCAGUUCCAGGAUAGCCAGGACUGCAUAGAGACCCAGUCUUAAAAAAACAAAACAAAACAAAAACAAAAACCCAAAACAACAACAACAAAAGCUAAAGUCAUAGUCUUGCCUUCGAUAGGAGAAAUGUGAAAAAAUGUGUGGUCAUUUUUGAAUUGUUGCAGUUUAUUCUCUGCUUACACAUUUACACUUCUCUUAUAUAUAUAUAAAGUACAUUGAAAUUCUCCAAAGAAAGCCCCAUUGUAGUGAGGCUUUAGGCUUAGGCUUAUAUAGAGGUCAGGGUCUCUUCUAAAGCAAAAUGAAGGUAAAGAGUCUUUGAGGUAUUUUUUUGUUCAAUUUGAAGGCCUGUAUACUUAAGACACAAAUUAUCUGUUCUCUUCCCAGUAGAUAGACCAUUGAACCUACAGCAGUGAGAGAAGCAUAUUUUAAUUCAGUAGGCACAGUCGUUGAAGAGGAAUGAAGAUGGUCAGGAGAAAUGUAUCAGUUUAGUGAGUCUAAAAUUAAGUUGGUCCUAUGUUACUGUUUUCUGUAGUAGAGCCUCAGUCUGUUCUUGAGAAGAGUCUAGCUCUUUCUUGUCCUUUUGGUACUUUUAAUUUAGGCUUCCUUUUGCACAAGAAUUAUGCCUGCAGACAAGAUAGAGGGACCACAUUGCGCUCUUGCCUCAAAACCACCACCAGGUGACAUAUUUUUUGAUUUUCAGGAGAGUCAGAUCAUAAAACAAAGUUUAGUGAUACCCAAAAAACAGCAAACAGGUGUGAUGAUGACUCUUAAGUCCUGUCCUACCACUUUGAAUAUUCCCAGGUGGGGAAUACAGGAAAAACCUAUUGCAUUAUUUGAAGAAAACUAGUUUUGUGAAUAGAAAGAUCUAAACCACAAGGCAGUUUCUAAAGGAAAGAACAGAGAUCUACAGGGAGCCAUCUUUUAGCAUAUGUAAGUGGAGACUUUCUUUGGCUAAAGAUUAUCCUAAUUCAGAGAGUUAACAUUUUUUAUUUGUUAGAAUGUAAAAUUUCAUAAUCGACUGGGAAUGGGGAGACAGGGCAUAGGGUAGAAUAGCCUCUGUAGCUUAUUCCUUCAGGUGUAAUCUUGUUUUGAUCAAGUGUGACCUAGUUUUGAGAAACAGAUCCAAAAUAGGCAAAGAUAUCAAACUGUUUCUAAGAACUUAACUGCAGUCUAAAGCAAAGCUCAAAAAUCUAAGAAUAAAAAAUAUUUUCAUUAGAACAUGUUGAAAUUUCUAAAGUCCAAUCAAAAACAGCCAUGCAGAGCACCAAACUGGCUACUGCUUGGGCAGGUAACUAUUUUGUUUGUUUGUUUUUUUUUCUUAAAAGUACAAUACUGUUUACAAAACAAUGAGGAAUUUGUAGUAUCCGAAAGUAAAAUCACAAAUAGUAGUGAAGAUACUUAAAGGAAUAGAAGUGUGAACUGUUAGAUUGAUGUUCUAUUCUUUGAAGUGUUAGUAAUUUAAAUAUAGUCAUUUGUAAGUUAAAAUACAUAAAUAUAAUUUGUAGAGAAGACCUUAAGAUUGAGAGAAAAAUAUAGUUGAAAAAGCCAAUAAAGAAGAUGGCAUAACUCAA